AACCCUUGCCGGCAAGGUAGAGAGAGAGAGAGAGACGACGCCAUGGUUAAGUUUCUGAAGCAGAACAAAGCUGUGAUCCUCCUCCAAGGUCGUUACGCCGGCAAGAAGGCAGUGAUCAUCCGUUCCUUCGACGACGGCAACCGCGAGCGUCCCUACGGACACUGUCUCGUCGCCGGGCUCAAGAAGUAUCCGAGCAAGCUCAUCCGCAAGGACUCGGCCAAGAAGACGGCGAAGAAGUCGAGAGUCAAGUGUUUCAUCAAGGUCGUGAACUACCAGCAUCUGAUGCCUACUCGUUACACGUUGGACGUGGAUCUGAAGGAGGUUGCGACUCUCGAGGCUCUGUCUUCGAAGGAUAAGAAGGUGGCGGCUCUUAAGGAAGCUAAGGCUAAGCUCGAGGAGAGGUUCAAGACCGGUAAGAACAGGUGGUUCUUCACCAAGCUCAGGUUCUGAGAAAUGAGUUUUCUUUUUUUAUCUUCUGUAAUGGAAUUUACGGAUUACUUUUGUAGUUCUAAAAUGGUGAUGUGGAUCGUGUUUAAGACUUGUUGGUUUGAAAGAUUUUGCCUUUUUUUAACAUUUA